AUGGCUCCCGGCAAGAAAGGAAAACAGUCAAAUCAUCAUGUGAAACGUGAAUAUGCAGAGCGAUUAAAUGAUUUAAGUAUACAAUCGUCAGACGAAAGUGACACAGGAGGAAGUAGCUCGGAGGAUGAGGGAACCGAAGCUGCAUUUUCUGUAAGCAUGUGGGACUUGAACCACUGCGACCCUAAAAAGUGUUCAGGCAGAAAACUCCUUAGACAUAAUCUCAUUAAAAACCUAAAACUGGGCCAACGCUUUCAGGGCUUAGUUCUAUCACCUGUAGGCAAACAGUGUGUUAGUCCAAACGAUAAAGAUAUUAUUGAAAAGAAUGGUUUGGCUGUUAUUGAUUGUUCGUGGGCGAAAAUUGAUGAAACACCAUUUGGUAAAAUGAAAUCAAACCAUCCUAGGCUAUUACCGUUCUUAGUGGCUGCUAAUCCUAUAAACUAUGGUAAACCGUACCAGUUAAGUUGUGUAGAGGCAUUAGCUGCAGCAAUGUUUAUCACGGGACAUGAGAAAGAAGCAAAGUUUUACCUUUCUAAGUUUUCCUGGGGCCAUUCCUUCCUUGAACUGAAUUCUGAAGCCUUGGAUAUGUAUGCAGCUUGCACAGACAGUAAGAGUGUGUUAGAAGCUCAAGAAAAGUUCUUACAUUCUGUACAAAAUGAGAAGGAUGGUAGACCAAUGUGGCCUCCUAGCGAAUCUGACACAGAAUCAGAAGAUUCAUAG